AUGUUGCCUCAAUAUGCUGCCGCAGCAGCCUCUCCAUCAACUACGCCCUCACCAAUCCACAAAUUACCCGUCGAGAUUCUUACUCGAUGCUUCAUGGAAUUGGCUAAAGAUAACCCUCCUCACGUCACCAAAAAUUUACUCCAUCCAGACGGUAUUCGAAUCGAAGUCCACUACGGUUGGUUAAUCGCGACAUAUGUCUGCCAUCGUUGGAGGUCCGUCGCUCUCAAUGCGGCUUCACUUUGGGCUACUCCGACAUGGGUUCUUGGCGCACGGUGGUCCGAAGAGAUGCUCGCGCGAUCGAAAACCGCUCCGCUGACCAUUCGUUGCGAUGUUUCCGAGUGUCCACCUGCGUGGAAAAGCCGUGAACGUCUCAAUCUCGCUGUUGUCGAUGCCAUUGCAGAUCAUCUUCAUCGCCUAAAAGCCAUAGAUAUUUCUGGGAUUUUACCUGAUGGACUCAGCUUUCCAGUGAUGCAAUCGUUGACCAAGCCGGCGCCUUUGCUUCAGGAGCUGGAUUUCGAGCAAUACUGGAGCGACGAAGGCUUGAUACUUCCCAAAGAUUUUCUCGGGAACAGCUCCUCCUGCAUUCAAAGUUUGCGAUUGGGGGAUGUCGCAAGCGAUUGGACUUCGCCUCUGUUCAGGGAACUCACAGAGGUCGCCAUUACAGCCAGGUUCGACGGCCGAUUGAACUCCUGCGACGGUCUCUACGAAAUGCUCGAGCGUAAUGCCCGACUCGAAUCAUUGACCCUGGGAGAAUACCUCCCUCUGAGCGACAAUCAUGAUUCCUCCACACGUCGGCUUCGUCCUCGGAUUGCUCUUCCAUGUCUGAAAAGGCUGACUGUCGCCGAACAUGCCUACGGUUGUGCUCAGAUCUUGAACGUCAUCGAGUUAUUCGCCGACGCCGUCAUAAACAUAUCGUUGUCCCUAUUCGAAUCGCACACUCACGAGGAAGAUAUUUCGACUAUGUUUUCAGCAUUGUCCGCACAUAUACACCCUUCUUCUCAUCGCACUCUUUUCCUGGAACCCACCGAAGACGUUCUUGGAGGCACGAUGCUCACGCUCGAGCGUCAUACCACAGAGUUUUCCCCGACCAACCUUAACCACCUCGCCAGUAACGAGGCCAGAGAUUGGGUAUCCAUCCACAUACAUCCCGGCUACGAUGGUAUCCCCGACGAGGAUUCAGAUAUAACGGACGUACCGAAUGCGACGCGCAUCAUGAAAGCGGCCCUUGACUACAUGCCGAUCAUCGACGAUGUCGACAUUCUGGUUGUAGCUCCAUUCGAGUCGGAGAAAGUGCCGGAUAUGUGGUGUGGUCUCCAGCCCUUACGCAACGUCAAAUACCUACGCACAUCAUCCCGUGAAAUCAUACGACAUCUUCACCUCACGUUCUUCCUCCCCAUGUCAGAUGACAACGACACCGAGGAUUCUAUGGAGCCGGAUCGUGAUCCAGGCUAUCUCUACCCUGGCCUCAAGCUCCUAGAAUUCUACAAGGUAGACUUCACGAAAGACUACCCAGUAGUCGAGGAAUCGUUGAUCGCAAUGCUGAGGGGGCGCAGAAUGUUGGGGUCACCUUUAAAGUGGCUUCUCUUUACGCGAUGCCGGAUGCCGGAUGGUAUGGUGGGAAGGCUGAAGGCAGCAGAGGAUGGGCUAGAGGUACUGUCGCCAAUGUCUGAUAAUUGA